AUGGAAGAUCUAGAGGAAACAUUAUUUGAAGAAUUUGAGAACUAUUCCUAUGCCCUGGAAUAUUACUCUCCGGAGUCUGAUUUGGAGGAGAAAGGCCACCUGGGAGUUGCUCACUGGGUUUCCCUGGUAUUAUAUUGUUUAGCAUUUAUUCUGGGAAUUCCUGGAAACGCCAUUGUCAUUUGGUUCACGGGAUUCAAGUGGAAGAAGACAGUGACCACUCUCUGGUUCCUCAAUCUGGCCAUUGCAGAUUUCAUUUUUGUUCUCUUCUUGCCCCUGUACAUCUCUUAUGUAGCCAUGAAUUUCCACUGGCCCUUUGGCGUCUGGUUGUGCAAGGCCAAUUCCUUCAUUGCCCAGUUGAACAUGUUUGCCAGUGUUUUUUUCCUGACGGUGAUCAGCCUGGACCGCUAUGUCCACUUGAUCCAUCCUAUCUUGUCUCAUCAGCACCGAACCCUAAAGAACUCCCUAAUUGUUGUUAUAUUCAUCUGGCUUUUGGCUUCUCUAAUUGGUGGCCCUGCCCUAUACUUCCGGGACACUGUGGAAUUCAAUAACCACACUCUUUGCUAUAACAAUUUCCACGAGCAUGAUCCUGACCUCACUGUGAUAAGGCACCAUGCUCUGACCUGGGUGAAAUUUAUUGUUGGGUAUCUCUUCCCUUUGCUAACAAUGAGUAUUUGCUACCUGUGUCUCAUCUUCAAGGUGAAGAAGCGAAGCAUCCUGAUCUCCAGUAAGCAUUUCUGGACAGUCCUGGCUGUAGUUGUGGCCUUUUUGAUUUGCUGGACUCCUUAUCACCUGUUUAGCAUUUGGGAGCUCACGAUUCACCACAGCAGCCAUUUCCACCAGGUGCUGCAGGCUGGACUCCCCCUCUCCACGGGCUUGGCAUUCCUCAACAGUUGCUUAAACCCCAUCCUUUAUGUCCUAAUUAGUAAGAAGUUCCAAGCUCGCUUCCGGGCCUCAGUUGCUGAGAUACUAAAGCACACCCUGUGGGAAGUUAGCUGUUCUGGCACAGUGAGUGAACAACUCAGGAACUCUGAAACCAAGAAUCUGUGUCUCCUGGAAACAGCCCAAUGA